AUGUCUUCAAUUGGUCCUCAACUGCCACCACAUCUCACAAAGAGAAAGCGCACACCCGAUGAUGAAGGCGCAGACUCACCACCGCCAAAGCAUACACGCAACAACGAUGAGAUUGACCUAGAAGAUGACUCCGAUGAUGAUGGUUUCGGUCCCAGUGCCCCUGGCGCAUCAGCCUCGAAGACAUCUCUAUCAUCGAAACCCUCCAUGGGCCCAAUGCUCCCCCCCUCCAACCCAACAAACACAAGCGAGAUCCCUCUCGACAACUCCGACUCUGAGGAUGGCUAUGGAUCCUCCGCACCUCGCGUCGCAUCAACAGCAGAAGCUCCCAAAACCAAGCCCUCGAUAGGCCCAACACCUCCACCCAAACAAACCAUAGGCCCCGCCAUGCCCCCUCCAGACCACCACCCAGGUGCCGACGACGACGACGGCAACGACUCCUCCUCAGAUUCCGAUGACGACUACGGCCCCGCCCUUCCGUCUUCAACAAUAUCCGCUCAACGAGCCCAAGCUGCGGCGGCCGCGGCAGCAGCCCAAGCCUCCGUAGGUCCCGUGGCGCCUCAGCGAGACGACUGGAUGCUUGCACCCCCGACACAAUCAGGCUAUCACGAACGUGACCCGACAAAGCUCAAGAACCGCAAGUUCGCGAGCGGCAAGUCUUCUGCCGCUGCGGCCGGGGGCGGGGGCAUCAGCAGCAUAUGGACCGAGACCCCAGAGCAGAAGCGCAAGCGUCUUGAGGACGCCGUCCUCGGUCGCGGAGAUUCGACCGCGGCGGCGGGCCCGCAGCAGCCGCGCCGUACAAAGGAGGAGGAGGAGCGCGACAGGCGCAUCAGCGAGAACAUUGCGACCGCACGUGGUCGGAGCAUGUACGAAGAGCAUCAGCAAAAUAAGAAAGGAGGCACAAAGCCUGGCAAGGACGAAGAGGAGGAAGACGACCCCAGCAAGAGGGCCUUUGAUAGGGAGAAGGAUAUGUCGUUGGGAGGCAAGAUUGGGACGGCGCAGAGAAGGGAGCUGCUUAACCGGGCAAAAGACUUUGGUGGUCGUUUUCAGAAAGGUUCGUACCUUUGA